AUUCCGUUCACUAUAUUAUCCGCAGGAGAUUUCUCAGUGACCAUUAGAAACAGUUCAAAAGACAAAUAUCAGGCCACACCUGUGCAGCGCUCAGUCAAAAGUGUCCGAGAAGCCCUGAUACAUGGUCUAAAUAAAGAUUUAAGUGUAUUGAAAAGUACCUUUGAAUGGAGCGUGGUUAGCGAAAUGGAGUUAGCUGCCUCGGAGUCAGCAUUAGGAACUAUAGUUGGUCAAGGGACGACGGAAUGGACGAUAAACAAACGAUCCUUACCUGCUGGUAUCUAUCAAGUCAAAUUCAAUGCUACACUCGCAGUCGGAGAUCCAGCAUCCCCAAAAAUUCUCAACGCCUUUGAUUAUGGCUUCAUCGAGGUUAUUGCGGCUCCCUUGCGAGCCAUUCUUGAUGGAGGAAGCAGUGUAAGGUGGGGGUCCAAGCAAAACGUCACUGUGAAUGGCUCUUUAAGUUACGACGCAGACAUUGGCCCUGGAAUACAUACCGGGCUCAAUUUCAGUUGGUCCUGUCGGAGUGACACUUCUGUAAGCAACACUUGCUUCGAUUCUUUUCUAAACGAAGGAGACUUAAACCGUACAAUCAUAACUGUUGAUCCAAGUAAACUUGAAAUCGACAGGACCUUCUUCCUACAGCUGAAUGUGACUAAGGAUGUGAGAAGUUCCUCUGCUGAAAUGUCCUUUACGAUAGCCGCUGGAGAGGUUCCUCAGGUGACCCUUAGGUAAUUUUUAUGUAGUGUAAACUGUAAAUUAGAGAAAAUGUUGUACUCAAGGAAUUGGAAAAGAAAAAAAGCUUGUAAAAAAAAGUCUAAAAAAAAAAGUUGGUGCUAAGUUAUCUGAACAACGCUUCCUAGAAGUAAACGUGCUUAAACUGGGAGGAGAGACCCUAAGAAAGGUACGCAGCGUUUAAAAUAAGAGAAGUAGAGUGCCUUUAACAUCCAAGUAAGCAUUUUACUCUGCAGUUUCGCUUAAUCGGUAUCUAGCUGUAGAACUCAAAAAAGACUAGUCUUGCCUUAAUAAAACCACCCCGAAGCUAACAUUGACUUGCUCUACUAAAGACGAGCAGGUGGUGGUUUGAAAGGGCAAUUCGCCAAUCGACUAAAGCUGUGUUUUCACUUUUGAAAGUGAAGGAGAUCUGGUAAUUAAGCCCUAUUUGCUUGUAUUUGAUUUUGCAGCUUUUCGUAUAUUGUUCAUUCUUUUCUAUUUUUUUACACAGAUGCUUCAUAGAUUGUGGCGCAAUAGUGUCUGCUUCUAACAAGCUCCGGGUGACAUCAGAGUGUCUUAAUUCUCCUUGCAAUGGAUCUGUCUACGAAUGGCGUCUGUCCAUGCUGAACGGGUCAGACAGUUGGGAAAAUAUACCUAUUUUACCCAACAUGACUUCAACAGCUAUAAAUUCUACCAAUAUGAUAAUCAAGAAAAAUUCAUUGCAAUCCAAAUCGAAGUAUAAUCUAACAUUAUUGGUGACAUCUUUGAAAGGAGCAUACGGGCUUUCUGUACUCCUCUUUGAAACCGCUGGAGAGCCGCAUAAUGGUUACUGCGCGCCAUCGGUUUCUGAAGGCAUCUCACUGGAAACUGAGUUUACCUUUAAGUGCUUCGAUUGGCAGGAUACGAGCCUACCACUGAAAUAUGAAUUUGCACUUGGAGAGGAGCCUAUAUCUUAUGGCACGUCACCCUCGUCUGUCUCGACAGUGUUACCUGCGGGAUCGCCGAACGAAGAUUUCCACCAACAAGUCACUAUUGUUAUUAAGAAUGCGGUUGGAGUAUCUGUUGUAGAGAAAUUACUCAUCAAGGUACUGCAAUUGAUUAAGGGGAAGUUUUUGAAAAGAAUAACUAUUUACGCAAUUCAUAAAAACGUCACUUGAAAUCUUUACAUUUUCCAAUUCGAUUUAUUAACGCUGUUUACAAACUCUUUCAAAACGGUAAAUUUUUUCUGUGGGCUCGCUAACCUUUUUUCAUCCAGUUCUAUCUCAUCGGCGCUUGGAUCCAGUAAUGGCUAAAAGUUUAACUCAAACGCCAAAAAGAUAUUCCAGUUACGAAAAUAUUACGAUAUAUCUCACUUAUCCCUUGCAGGUAAGGCCAUCAUCUGGCCUUGAUCCAUGUGCUUCAUCACCAGACGAAGUUGCAAUCAAGUUAAAAGGUUUCGUAGUCGGGGAAGGUAACAAGCUAGAUGAAUAUCUCAACAAGGGUGAACUCAGCCAAGCUGUUCAACUUGGUAUAUCCGUUUUCAAGUCUGCAAAUGAAAAAACUGAAUGUGGACAAGAAUUGGACCCUAACGACACAGCUUUGGUAAGUUAAUGAAAUUGCUCAAAUACAGUCGGCAACAACGCUCAAACUUUCGGAAUUAAGUUUUAUGUUUUCUCUUAGAACACGUAGCCAUUCCGAUUUUCGUUCAUUUAUUUCCUAAGGCACACUUAAAAUAUGUGCAAUUAUUCGUUUUAUGAUAAAGUUCGAACAUAACGCGCGCUGUCAUUGGCUGAGAGAGCGUGCUCUAUCAGAGUACGAAGUAAAGAGCUCUGCUUAGGCUGACACGCCGUCACACCAUCUGCCAAAUUGUCUCUGUCCGACCAUUUCUCGGACUUUUGUCUAGCUAUUUUUCUUUCGUGAAUUGAAGGUGAAAUUUCGGAGCAAGCGAGCCGGCGAGUAAUAAUAGGAGAUAAAAACAAAGGUUUGUAAAAAUGCCAAGCGCCGUAAUUUACGUUAUUAUAACAUAAGCAGAGAAGAAAAUUCUCAAAGAGAAAACUAAUGGGACAGUCCGAGUAUUUAAGUUUUUCAUGCUCAAUUAGAUUGUAAGCUUACGGACGAUAAUAAAAACCAAACACGUCAACACUCGCAUAGUAUAGAAAGUUUCCUGUUAAAAACAACACAGAACAAAACAAGAAUGAUGAAAAAUAUAGCCUUACUGUCAUAACGGUUAAAAGUCAUACUGAGCAUAACGGUGUCUGAGUGACUGCGACCAUGCUGAGGUCUAUCGCGGGUAGCUCAUAGCGGCGAUCUCCGGUCAUCGCAAUGAAGCAAACCUCAAAAAUUACAUCAGCCGCCCUUCGAGUGGAUAAUUACGAGCUUGCUAUGAUAUCCAGUUCCGAUCCGUUGAGUAGAUGCGUUAAGUGGAAGGCCACAUCAAUCACAACAACCGAGUUUCACGGCGCUGUCAUCCAGUGGAAUCCUCAUGUUCUAGUGAAUUCAGCUGUCGUUGAAUCGUAAAACACACCAGCCUUGAGUAGUUUGUUUUCUACUUGACAUGUCAAAAAAAUUGCUUGUUUUUAUGAGCAACAGUUCGACCGGAUUUCACUGAACAUUUAACUUUCAGUUUCUGUACUAGUGUUACGAAAAAUUGUCUAAGAUAAGUCUUAGAACAUUCUAUAGAACAGUCUAGAACCCGAAGUCAUCUGGACGUGACUUUCUGGUAAAAAGAAAAUUCUGGAACGUUCUAUUUCUUACGUAGUUAUUCAAAUUUAGAAACCGUGUUAAUCUACUAAAUUUAGUUCUUUAGAGAAGUUUCUAGAUCCUUGUACUUUAUGUAUAUAAGAGCGACAGUUUCAUUGACACUGAGAGAAAAUUGCGAAGAAGCUUAGUGCUGUAAAGACGAGAAGUCAGCCACGUGGAAAUAAACCAGUUUGUUGCUGUUACCGACGAUCCUGAGUUUUGUCUAGGAACAACCCUGCUCUACAUCGACACUCGUAACAACUAGAGACUAAAAAACUUCAAGCAAAAGUGUUAAAUUCGACUUACCGAUCUACUUAAGGUUGUAAACUAUUUCAUAUUGUGAACUUUGAUGGUUUAAUAUUCUUGACAGCUUUUGUCUUUUUUAAACAUCAUUUGAACCAUCCUAACACGGAUUCUGAUUGCUUAUGGUAGCGUGCUUUAUAGGAGUAUACAGUAUGCUGACGACUCUCUUUUUGCUCUGGAAAUGAAGUUUGCUUUUAAAAUUGAAAGAAAUGCGUGGGGAGUUUUAAGGGAUUUUUCAUCAUGAAAAAAUAGAAAAGUCUUCACGGUGGUCUGUUCUGUUCUAAAGCAGUUAGGAUGUGGCCAGAGCACUCAAGAAGUGGAGAGAAACACUCAAUUAAAACUCAUAUUUCUCCUUACACCUCUUUCGUGUUCUCUCCGCUUUCUGCGAGCUUUACAACAGAACAGAGCACAGUCAAAGCCUUUUCGAUUUGUUAAUGAUGCGUGCCAUUUCUUUUUGUUGCUAGAUUUCCAACACAUUGAUAUCGAAGUUUACAGCUAUAACACCAGAGAAUCUUGAAAUGUCUCGCUUGGUUAUGUCUGUAGUAGGCUUGGCCAUGGGAGUGGAGGCAGACGGUGGCGGAGAUAGCAACAACAACAAUAUGGUAUGCCACUUUUUUUUUUCUUUAAAUCCUUUUAUCAACAUAAAUUCAACUUUAAACCCAAAGAUGAGAACCAUUAGUGACAGAUUGUCUCUAGAACACGAUGCAUCUGAUCGAAAAUAUAUGAAACAAUUUUAUCUGUAACGGAUUUAAGCAACAAGCUUAUCCUCCCAGGCGAAUCGUAAGAAAUGAAAUCUCUAUUAUUUUUCAGUAACUCAUAAUUGGUAUUUUAAAAACAUACAUGCAUUUGAAUUUUGCGAAUGUUCUAAAUUAUCUAAUCCACCAAUCUUUCUGUACAAUUUUAAUUCCAGUGAGGCAUAUGUCGCAUUGGUGUUAUUCUCCCUAGGAAUUAACGAUGCAAUUGACUGAUAGUACAGCUAAUAUAAUGAUUUCCACCCUGAAUGAUCCGGAGGAGCCUUUCACAUCGGAGUUAGAACAAACAGCUACAAGUGUUACAGGCUGCCUCACAAAUGUUCUUAAGUCUGCUGCAGGCUCAAGUCAGGACGACACAGACUCGGCAGUAACCCCACCCUCUCCAGAGGUAAAGAUCACAACUACAGUUACAAGUACGACUACCACGGAGAUCAGACCUUUCUGCAUACAUUCCCUUAUUGGAAUUUCGUUUUCGCCAUCAAUUCAGGAUAAAUUAAUUCUAGCAAUAGGGUUUACAUUAAGCGAACAAAACGGCGAGACCAAUGAAGGCAGCGAAGAAGAAUUGUGAACUAAGAUUUAUGAGGUCUAAUAAAGUGGAAAAGUCAUCGGAUUAACUACGUCAUCAGGUGACCGAACAUCAUUCUUUGACUUUCCUUUCAGUUCGUGAAGACGGCCUCCGAAAAACUGAGCAACAUGAGUGAUGCAUUUUUUGGCCGCUUGGUUCCAUCAGAAGAUCUGGUCAUAAAAACUCCAAACUUGGCAAUUUCGCUGAAAAAAGUCACAGCUAAUGAUGCAAAAGGACUCAGCAUGGGAGAUGGACCAAGUAAAUUCAAGCUCCCGAGCAGCCUUGGAAAUAUUGGUGGUGGAGAGAUAAAUGCAAAGGUAUAAUGCCAUUCUUAUCAGAAUUCACUUGAGAAUGAUUCGAGUCAUCGCUGCCUUAAUUUGUAAUUACGCUUUCUUGUCUCCACGUGUACUUAAUUAAUAUGAUAAAAUGACAAAAUCUGUUUACACCAAUUUUAUGUAUGCGAGCAAAUCUUCUGGAGUUAACCUUCUUCAGUAAAAUUAGUAACACCAAAUCGUGUUCUCUUUCAGAUGCAAGCUGUUGAUUUUAACCCUUUCACUUGGGACAAUAGCAGCAAGAAAAUCAAAUCACGCGUCACGAGUCUUGAGCUUAAAAGCAAUAGCGCGGAAAAGAUAAAUGUUUCAAACCUUGACAAUGACAUUGAGAUCUUGAUUCCCAUUUCAAGUCCACCUCAAAACUCCACCAACGAGACACAACAUAACUUUCUUAAGCCAAAUGAAAUCUCAGUUCGAAGUUAUUACGCAGAACUAGCCAAUGUUCCUGUAUCUCUUAAGUUGGGUAUGGCUAAAGCAGGAUUACAAAUCAGUCUGUUCAUAAAAUUUGGAAAAAGACCGACGAUAAAUGACUUUGACCACAAUUUUACAAUGAAGUUUACAUCCACAUGUAACAACCAAACAGAUGCUAAUGCAACUUGCCCUAUCAGAGAUAGCUCGGUUAAAGUGAUCCCUUUUAAGCCAGGCUUCCUCUACGCGGGCUUAUUGUUUAAAAGCCCUAAGAAUGAAAGUCAACAUUCCAGGCAAAGGAGAUCCUGUUUUGGAAAUCGUCGCGAAAGACGGUCAUGUGUGGGCGUUAAAGAUCCACCUCCAAAAGGAUUUCUUAGCUCUGUGAUUCCGAAAUAUGAUCCAGACACAGACGCUAACUACACUUUGACCAUCACCCAGUCGAGUUGUUUGUAUUGGUCAGAGGACACAGAAAAGUGGACCGCGGAAGGUUGCCGGGUAAAAAUAAAUUAUUGCAUAAAUUUUCUGCUGUUAAGUAAGCUUUACCGAGUAAAAUCCUAUGCAAUUGUCAUUGCUGCCUCCCUUCAAUGACGAUAGCAACCGAUUAGUCAUUCUUAACAUAUCUAUGGGAGGGAUUUUUUUGGUAUGAACAUUUCAGAUUUAACAUUUGGAUGCGAAUUAGCUAUAAACUUAGCGUUAAAACUAUUAAUCAACUUGUUUGCUUUUUUGUCUUCUCUUGUGUGGCCAACGGGUCUCAGGAUUCAUUACUAAAGCAAUUUACCAAUUUAGCUCGGGAUUAAAGUUUGCUAAUUUAAUUAAGAUCGCGCUUGAGUUUAAUUUUGAAACAAUAAUUUACAAAAGUCGAGGUGGAUAAUUGUUUUAAUAUAUAUCAAACAGAUACAAAAAAAGUAGUCUGAUACUUUCAUUAUACCAAAUAAUGGUAGGAAAACGAACUCUUGACUCGCGCUUUUGCAUCAUCGACUGCUCGAAGAUGAAUAGUACUUGCUAUUGACAUUCGAAAUAGCUAAUUAACGCACACGAAAACUGCUAACCCUUGUGUGCUAUGCGCUAAAGCACAGUAUAAUGUUCAAUUCUUUCGCUAAAUUGAUUCCUUUUCUUUUUGUUAAAGGUAAGCCAAGACUCGAACACCACCCAUCUCAAAUGUCUCUGCAAUCAUUUAACAUCUUUUGGUGGAAACUUCAUCCAAGCACCAAACCCAAUUGACUUCGACAAAGUUUUUACUGAGUUUUCAAACCUUGCUGAAAGUGGCAAUAUUUCAGUACUUGUGACAAUUGCCUGUUUUUUCCUUCUGUAUCUCGUUGUCUUAAUCUUUACAAGGAGGGCCGACAAGAGAGAUGCAGACAAGGUAAUCAUAUCUUAACCUGCAAGACGUGUAAUUUGAAUUAUUUUGAUCUCUGAAUGUUGUUGUUGCUUUUUUUUUUAGAUUUGCCCACCUAAAUUGAUAACGCUUGUGAAGGAAGGAGCCUAUUAUUACGAUAUGGUUAUAAGCACCGGCGUUUGGAAACAUUCAGCAACAACAGCUAACAUAAACAUCAGUAUAAAGGGCGAAAAUUAUGAGCAGAAUCAAAUUCCAUUGAGGGAUAAAGGGGAGAGGAGCGAGCUUUUUGGACGUGGGAGUAUCAACGGCUUUGUGCUCGUGUUGAAAGAAUCCAUCGGCCCUUUAAAAGAAAUUACUUUGGAUCACGAUAAUUCGGGUGAUAAUCCAUCUUGUUUUGUAGAAACCGUAGUUAUCCAAGACCGUCAGACCGAAGAAAGGUGGGUUUUCCCUAUAAAUAGAUGGCUUGCGUUGGAAAAAGACGACGGCCAAAUAGAGGUUACUGUGGACAGCAAAUCUUACUCUGCCUUCUCCGCUCAGGUUCGUUCGCGCUUUGCCAGAAAAAUUGCCGACAGUCACUUGUGGAUGUCAGUGUUUGGAAAAGCAUGUAGCAGUACCUUCACACGAGUGCAAAGAGCUUCAUGUUGCCUUUCAGUUCUGUUUAGUGCAAUGAUAGCAAAUGCCAUGUUCUAUAACAUUGGUGGUGAAUCCGAUGGUGCGAUACAAGUUGGGCCUUUUAAGUUUUCUUGGAAACAGAUAGUCAUCGGAGUACAAAGUGGCAUUAUCAUUGCACCAAUAAACAUAAUAAUUGCCUUCCUGUUUAAGUCUAGCAGACGGAAGAAGAAAAGGAGUGAAAAAUACCAAGUAACAGACGAGGCCCAACGACUUUUGGAUGAAAUAACGGAUACCGGUUGUUUGCUUCCCAAUUUUUUUGUUUAUAUGGGCUGCUUUCUUUGCUUCUGUACGACAAUGGCAGCAGCAACAUUUACGCUGUUUUACAGUCUAAUGUGGGGAAAGGAAACCUCUGAGCAGUGGCUUGCUUCUAUUCUAAUUUCCAAUGGACAAGAUAUUUUCGUUGUGCAGCCCACGAAGGUUAUGUUAGCCGUCAUCGUCAUUUCCUUUCUCCUGACAAGAAAGAACAAAGGCAAAUGCGAAGAAGAAGAAGAGACUGCUACCGAUCCACACGCAAUUGAGAUAAAUUUUUCCUGCGAUGAUCCCAAACAGCGCUUUAAGAAAUAUCAGCGGGAAAAGAUGAGGGAGAGAUCUAAAAAAGAAGCGCAGUUGACAAGUAUGACAAGAGACAUUAUUCUGCAUUUAAUAUUUGUGUUUCUUCUGGCCAUCGUAUCUUAUGGAAACAAGAACGGAAAUCGUUUUCUGAUGACCACCGAGACGAGAAAUCGAUUCAAUAAGUUUAAUCUGGUAAGAUUAUGUUUCUCGAUGACUAAAAAUGAUUUUUUUCCGCAGUUGUAAAAUAUUUGACGGUAUUCAAAAGCUAUUUCGCCUGGCAAUCGAUCCUUAUAUCAGUGAAAGAUUACAGACUGGUGGAUGUUUAAAAGAGAAAUAGGUAUUAAAGUCCGUCGCAAUACCACAACUAGCGAUAGCAAGUGAGCAGGCUAAUUUAUGCAGGUUUCUGGUGAAUAUAAAUAAUGACUUUUACCUUUGAAAAAAGGUAAUAGCGAUGUUACUAUGGAUUUCAUAUUUAAGUUUGCUUUUGAGUGAGAUAGGCGUUUGAAUUUUUUUAUUUAUUCAUUUGUUAUUCAUUGUUUGCUAUUUGCAUUAAAGAUUGGCGGCGAGUCUCUUUCCCCCUCUCGCUUUGUUCCUGUCUUUUGAUUUAUUCCUUUACCUUUCCUUGUUCGUUUGUUUAAUAAUCAUGCGAUCAUGCGAGUUACACAUUCUAUCUUCUUGACGGGUCCUUGGAUCUUAAUUUUUAAUUAAUUAAUUAAUUAAUUAAUCAAUCUUAAUUUAUUUAUUUAUUAUUCUUUAUUCUAGGUAAAGGAUGCGCACAUAUUAGAGGCAUGGUUAAGGAACGAAUUCAUAUUAAACAUUUAUAAUCAGGCGUGGUACAACGGACUUGAAGAGGAAAACGAUGUGUAUAUCGGGAACAAGAUGUCGGUAUUAGUGGGAAUGCCCUGGUUGCGACAGCUCAGAAUUAAAAAAAGUAAACUUAGAUCAGAAUAUAUCAUUUUCUUAAACAAACAGGUUAUCACAAAUACAAUUUCUACAGUGGCAAUAGACAAUGGAGAUUCUAAAUUGGUGGGAAAAAUAUCCCUAAUAUACAAUUGCAAAAUGCUUGUUGAAAUAGGAAAAUGUCAUAGUGACUUAAUUAAUUCGAAUAACUAUAAGUGCAUGUCUAGUGAUCUGGAAAUCAAAAGGCUCGUAACUUACAUACUAAAUUAUACAACUAUACUACUACAGGCUCUAGAAAAUAAGGCAUAGGCAUAAAAGAACAUGUACUUGUUUGCUGAUACAUUUCAUUUCGCUACUCAUGACUUGACUCAAAAGCAUUUUUAGAACCACAGAUUUUUAACCCGAUAUCAAGAAACUUCAUUGGCGUGUUUUUUUUUUCUUCUGCCAGCAUUUUUCUCCUCCUCUCUUUCUUUUUAUCAUCAUUUAUCAGAAGUGCAAAUCUUAAAGUAGUUUAUUCCAAUUUUUUUUUUGAUUUGAAGAAUCCUGCAGAUCACUCUCUAAAAUGAUAGCAGAUUGUUAUGACGACUAUUCUCCAGAAAAUGAGGACACGACUUUGCUAAGCCUUCCAGGUUGGAUACCUCUAUCCCUCAAUACUUCGUGGCCCAAUGCUCUCCAAAUUUGCCCUAAGCCUUGGCGGUAUCAAUCAGCAGCAGAACUUCGCAACGAUCCCAUUCUAGCGUCUUACAACUCUUAUGAAGGGGGUGGUUAUGCAGCAGUCAUGGGAUACGAUGAAAACACUGCACAAGGCGUCCUCAACGAGACUAUUACUAAUGGAUGGCUUGAUCGCCAAACUCGAGCUGUAAUUCUAGAGUUUGCUAUUUUUAAUGUAAAUACAAACUUGAUUAGCGUUGCCACAUACUUUUACGAGGCCUUAGCUACUGGUGCAGCCUACACUACAAGGAGAAUUGAAACACUGGAGUUGUACAGCACUGAGUCAGGAGCUCUGAUGUUUUUCUUAAUUGGCCAGUUUCUGUUCAUGGCAAUGGUCCUCUUUUACUUCAUAGUUAUGUUGGUUCACCUUUAUCAACAACGUUUAGGUUUCUUCAAGUCUGUUUGGAAUAUGGUGGAUUUCUUUAUGAUUAUUUUCUCUGUAGCCUCUGUAGCAUUUUACAUGAUCAGAGCUAAAAGCGUUUUAAACACUAUCAAAUCUAUUCAAGCCAAUCCAUAUGAAAUCGUGCAUUUCCACAGAGCCUUGAAUUGGCUUAACCUGGAAAAUGCGUCCAUUGCUGUUGCUGUUUUCUUGGUGACAGUCAAGCUUCUGAAUCUGAUUCGUUUUAACCCACACGUAAUAUAUUUGUUUUCAUCUUUUCGCCAAUCUAUAGGCUAUCAACUCUCGUAUGUGCUCUUUUUUCUGAUCGUGUUUAAUGCAUUUGUUAUAACAGGUAUGCAGUUUUUCGGUGGUGUAGUAUUAGAAUAUUCCAGUUAUCUCGAUGCAGUCAUGUCUCAAUUCGAAUUCCUGUUAGGAAAAGCAGUCCCAAUGGACGCUCUUCGAAGGGACAGACCCUUCAUUGGUCCGACGUUUGCAUUUUUGUUUUGUAUAUCCACAAAUAUAUUUCUUAUGAAUAUGCUUGUUUCUGUCCUCAACGAAUCAUACGGUGACGCAAAAUCAAACGCAGAAGAAAAUGCAAAAGAGCUUGAAAUGGCACGUUUUAUUGAGGAGCGUUUAAUGGACAUUUUCCACGAGGGAAGUAAUCGGACUGAGUUUAAGUUGUUUUGUGAUGAGACAAUAUUUGUCAACAUGUGCCUUUCUGAAGCAGAGCCAUUUUUUUUGAAUUCUGAAAGUAUUAUCCAAUGUACAGAGGAACGAAUGUUAAAAGCUGAAAAACGACUAAUUUUUCUCACUCGACGAACAGAGUACAUGGAGGCUGAUUAUUUGAAAGAGGAGAAUGACUUAAUUUACCUUUUAUUAGUAAUGAUAAAUCCUUCGGUGCGUGAUUCGGAAAGGAAAUCAAAAUAUGAUCUCUGA